AUGUCAGAAAACCAGGGCAACGUGAACAAUAACGUCCCGCUAAAUAACAAUGGCGGGGCGAACAGGAUACGAAACCCUAAUAUCAACCAAAACCCACUCAUCAAUGUUCGAGACAGACUUUUCCAUGCCCUAUUCUUCAAGAUGGCAGUUACCUAUGCCAGAUUGUUUCCACCGUCUUUCAGAAGAAUCUUCGAGUUCUUUGUCCUACUAAAGGUAAGACUUUCCCCUCACAUGAUUUUACCUUCAUGUAGGCUACAAAAUGUCAAGGAUAGGAUAUCAAGUACCCUCUCCAAGGACGGUAGGCUAAUUUGCUCCAAAUAAAUUAGUUUUGUACAUUCAUUUUAUAACUUCUUCCAAUUAUCACAGGAAAGGGACAAUUCCACGGUAACAGAAUGAUGCUGCUCAGAUUUUUCACUUUAAAAUGUAUGUAAAACAAAAAACAAUGAUUUCAAAGUUAAACAAGCCAUACAACUCUAUGCACAAGGACUACUUUUGACAAUUUCCACUGAACAUUUUACAAAACCACAUUUACUUGAACAGUGCAGAUGCAAAGUUUGGUAACAGAAUUACGGUUUGUGCCCAUUCUGUUACCAAACUUUGCAUCUGCACUGUUCUUGAACAAGUCAAACCUCUGUUUUGAUGUGUGGAUUAGUUGGAUCUUAAAUCUUACACUUGGCUAGAACAGAAGUAAACAAUUUCCACUUGAAUGCAUCAGAUCGGUGGUUCCAACUAUUCCGCCCAAAUAAACAAAUCUAUGUACGUAUUUAGCUACCACUCGGUAUCUCUGGGGGAAAAAAUAAAACGAGAUCUGAAGAUCACUGACGUCAGUGAUCUUCAGGUUGGAAAGUCGGAGUUGUAGAAAGAUGCCAGUUUCUCCGACUUGGAAUUCCGAGUUGGAUGACUGUUCAAAAUGAUUUUUCCCAGUCAGCUAGUUUCAGAAUUCUAUCAGAGAUUGAGAAUGUUUAAUAGGGCUUUAUGCAGUCAAGGUGUGUGUGCGUGUAAACACAUACUGUGAUCAAGCAGCAGUUGGGUCAACAGUGACAGGUGCGCCAGGCCUAACUGUUAGCUAGGGUAGCAGGUAGCCUAGUGGUUAGAGCCAGUACCCAGAAAGGUCGCUAGUUCGAAUACCCGAGCCGACAAGGUGAAAAAUCUGUUGAUGUGCCCUUGAGCAAGGCACUUAACCCUAAUUUGCUCCAGGGGCACUGUACUACUAUGACUGACCCUGUAAAACAACACAUUUCACUGCACAUAUCCGGUAUAUAUGACAAUAAAAAAAACUGGCCGUCGGAAUCUGCUUGCCUGAGUGUGUUAUCAGACAGUAGGAAGAUAAGAGCGAUGUUCUAAUGCAGAGAGAAGGAGAGAAAGGAAGGACUGAGUAGAGAGAUGGACAGCCAUUUGCAGAGGCACCUGCCUGCCGCCCGCUACUGAUUGGGACGCAAUGGAGGUGCAACAAAAUGGCAUGUUCCCUUUCUCUGUCGUCACAGACACUUUAGCUUUGGACAGACAAGGAUACAAGCAUCUUUUUGAUGUUCUGAGUGUGUUGGCUUCCUAUUGAAGAUAACCAUUAUAAAUAGACAGGCUCUCUAGCACCACACAUUUCUCCUCAGCUGACUGCUCUCUAUAGGAAUCUAUCCUUUGUCUUUGUAGUGGUCACAUUCACUAAGCAGCCUCUGUGAUGUCCUUUAGGCUAUUUCUCCCCCGUUUGAUAUAUAGAAUCCAGGGUUGGUGAGAAGCAUUGAGGAACAUUGAAAUUUGAAUUUUGGUUUACUUCCAGAAUUAACUGAAUUGAAAAGGAAUUGACCCCAACCCUGAUAGAAUCUCUCUCUGCUGCUCCUCAAACCUUGCACAUACUGUAUGUGAACUAGGGCUGUCCCCGUAAAAAAAAAAAAAAUCUUAGUCGACCAAGAGUCGUCUAUUCUUUCGACCAAUCGAUUGGUCGACAUUUUUAAAAGUAUUUUUUUCCAGAUACAGUGCCUUCGGAAAGUAUUCAGACCCUUUGACCUUUUCCACAUUUUGUUACGUUACAGCCUUAUUCUAAAAUUGAGUAAAUAAAUACAAAAUCCUCAGCAAUCUACACACAAUACCCCAUAAGGACAAAGUGAAAACAGGUUUUUAGAAAUUUUAGCACAUUUAUUACAAAUAAAAAAACAGAUACCUUAUUUAUAUAAGUAUUCAGACCCUUUGCUAUGAGACUCGAAAUUGAGCUCAGGUGCAUCCUAUUUCCAUUGAUCAUCCUUGAGGUGUUUCUACAACUUGAUUGGAGUCCACAUGUGGUAAAUUCAAUUAAUUAGACAUGAUUUGGAAAGGCACACACGUCUAUGUAAGGUCCCACAGUUGACAGUGCAUGUCAGAGCAAAAACCAAGCCAAGAGGUCGAAGGAAUUGUCCGUAGAGCUCCGAGACAGGAUUGUGUCGAGGCACAGAUCUGGGGAAGGGUACCAAAACAUUUCUGCAGCAUUGAAGGUCCCCAAGAACACAGUGGCCUCCAUCAUUCUUAAAUGGAAGAAGUUUGGAAACACCAAGACUCUUCCUAGAGCUGGCCGACCCGGCCAAACUGAGCAAUCGGGGGAGAAGGGCCUUGGUCAGGGAGGUGACCAAGAACACGAUCGUUACUCUGACAGAGCUCUAGAGUUCCUCUGUGGAGAUGGGAGAACCUUCCAGAAGGACAACCAUCUCUGCAGCACUCCACCAAUCAGGCCUUUAUGGUAGAGUGGCCAGACGGAAGCCACUCCUCAGUAAAAGGCACAUGACGGGCCGCCCGCUUGGAGUUUGCCAAAAGGCACCUAAAGGACUCUCAGACCAUGAGAAACAAGAUUCUCUGAUCUGAUGAAACCCAGAUUGAACUCUUUGGCCUGAAUGCCAAGUGUCCCUACUGGAGGAAACCUGGCACCAUCCCUACGGUGAAGCAUGGUGGUGUGGCAGCAUCAUGCUGUGGGGAUGUUUUUCAGCGGCAGGGACUGGGAGACUAGUCAGGAUCGAGGCAAAGAUGAACGGAGCAAAGUACAGAGAGCUCCUUGAUGAAAACCUGCUCCAGAGCGCUCAACACCUUAGACUGGUGUGACGGUUCACCUUCCAACAGGACAACGGCCCUAAGCACACAGCCAAGACAACGCAGGAGUGGUUUCGGGACAAGUCUCUGAAUUUCCUUGAGUGGCCCACCCAGAGCCCGGACUUGAACCCAAUCAAACAUCUCUGGAGAGACCUGAAAAUAGCUGUGCAGCGACGCUCCCCAUCCAACCUGACAGAGCUUGAGAGGAUCUGCAGAGAAGAAUGGGAGAAAGUCCCCAAAUACAGGUGUGCCAAGCUAGUAGCGUCAUACCCAAGAAGACUCAAGGCUGUAAUCGCUGCCAAAGGUGCUUCAACAAAGUCCUGAGUAAAGGGUCUGAAUACUUAUGCAAAUGUGAUAUUUCAGUUUUUUAUUUUUAAUAAAUAGUCCUGUUUUUGCUUUGUCAUUAUGGGGUAGAUUGAGGCUCGAAAAACAACAACAAUUUAAUCCAUUUUAGAAUAAGGCUGUAACCUACCAAAAUGUGGAAAAAGUCAAGGGGUCUGAAUACUUUCCGAAGGCACUGUAUAGACACACCCUAUGUUUGAAUAAAAUCAACUAUAUGUAGGCUACUGAGCUUGUCUGACGUUUUAAGCACUGCGAUUUAAGAAGUAAGACACAAAUUACUAAAGAGGGUGCCAGAGAUAAAUAUAGCCGAACCAGAAGGAAAAAACCUGUUCCGACAUGAAGUCUUCAUAUCUCAAAAUCAAUGUCAUGUGGUUAAUCAAAGUUCUAUCUAAAUGAAAAUGAUACAAAUCUAAAAGUAACUUUUAUUGCCAAUAUGUAAAAAUAGCCUACAAAUAAAACAUUGCAGCCCGCAGGUUGAAAAUAUCAGGAUAAAAAUAAAUAUCCUAUAAAUCAGAUUGGCCUGUCUGCAAGGAACUUGAAACAUUGUAUCAACUAAUGUAUUAACUUGGUCUGGGGAAAAGCUUGUGCUAGCAAACUUGCCACAUUGUAUAAAAUGUUCUGGGCCCUCAGAGUUUCCUGACAGACCGACAUUGCUGUAGACUAUUUUGCGCAAGGGAUAAGAAGUAAUCAGGUAGGCCUAUUUUUAUGUUUCCACCGGAUCAGAGCAUGAAAUGUUUUUCCUCCUUUCAUGCUAGUGGUAAUCGAAAGGGAGAGAGCUGGAAACGAUUUUUCAAAUAGGCUACGUUGAGGAACUAUUGUCAUUCAAAACAGACUUUGUUUACUUGCUGUUUGAAGCAAAGAAAAAAUGAUUUUGAGAAGCUCCACAGUGAUGGUAAGUUAGUAUCAGAUCCCCAAAUGGGCACGUUUAUAGGCCUACAUUUGCGCACAGGCCAGGUAGACUAGUUCUACUUCUAUAUGCGUAAUCAGGUGCGUGCCCUUACUCAAGAUUGACAGGAGCGCUCCAAACAGAAGACAAUGAAUAAAUUCACAACUCAUAAAUGGUAUGAAAUAAACACUUUGUGUAGCCUAGGUUGUGUGCUCUGCAAACAGUAUAUCCACUCCUACAAUGACAACGGUAAGACUAUUAUAAUAAUAAUAAUAAUAAUAUAUUGAAUGCAUUUAACAGCAAUUAACGUAACCAAACAAACAAUAUAGAUGAUAAAUGAUGGGAAUUAAGGUAAAUGUACUAGUGGUGAUACUGGUGUGUAUCCCUGCGGCCUCCACAAUGGAUUAGUCCACUGAGACAGCGUGAAUCAGACAGGUGUCUCGUGCAAUAACUUUUUUAUAUUUGCCACUGCUCAACAAAAAAUAUCUUGAUCGACCGAACAAUCGACCAGUCGACUAAAUGUGGUCAGCUCUAAUGUGAACUAUCUUUUGUUUCUGUUUCUGGCAAUGUGAUUGUCAUCAACAUUAACAGUGGUGCAGGAGGGGGAACGUACAAACAUGUAUCCUAGUAACUGUGUCCCCUUCAGCAUUAUUAAAUAUCUGUAAAGGCCAAUCCCAAAUUGACCUCCAUCUCAAUACUGCUCUAGACUCCCAUCUGCCAGAAGUGAAUGCCUUCCACCCUCUCUCUUCUUCCACCAGGCCCUGUUUGUUCUCUUCAUCCUGGCCUACAUCCACAUCGCUUUCUCCCGCUCACCUAUCAACUGCCUGGAGCACGUGCGGGAGAAGUGGCCGCGCGAUGGCAUCCUGCGCGUGGAGAUCCAGCGCAACUCGUCGCGUGCGCCCAUCUUCCUGCAGUUCUACGACACGGACGGCUUCCUGGGCCUGGCUGCGCUGCAUCACGAGGAGGAGGAGGAGGAGGAGGAGGAGAUUACCCUAGAGAUGUUUGACAACAGUUCUGUGAGGGUGAGGCACCGCUACCGGCGUGGAGGGAGGGAGGGGCUGAGAGAGUAAGGCUAAAGGCAGAGAGAGACCAAUAAUCCUGCAUCGUUCACACAUUAACUCACUAAGUUUUUUUCUCUCUCUUUGUCAGUUUGAGCUUGACAUCGAGCCGCGGCUGAAGCCCUCGCUGAGCGGUGGCGGCGGUGGCCAUGGGGGAGGGGGCCUCAACGACAGCCAGGACCUCUCCUUCAGCCAGGCGCCCACUAAAGGUAUGCAGCCGCUGAGGGAGACAGUCUCCCAGAUUGAGAUGCUAACUCGAGCAGGUAAACCCCCCCCCCCCCCCCCCCCCAGUGAGUGAGAAAUCCACUCCUUUCACUGCUCCGUUCUUCCUCUUCACCUCUUCCUGCUAGUUAGUUCCCUUAUUGGCCCUUCCGGCCAUCUUCUUGUUGUUGGUCACCUCCAUGAUUGCAUUCCAAAAAUGUGUUUCCCUUGUCUUCUGCCCCUCAGCGACUUCCUGUAGCUGUUGUUGUCAAGGAACACUGUUUGAAUCCGACUGUGUGGCCAUGUCGGGAUGCCAUCUCACCUCCCCAGUGGGCACUGGCUCUGCCCAGACAAAGACUGUGUGUGUUGGCUUGGAGCUGACCCUUUGUAGCUCGGGCCAGCAGUAGCAGUUGAGAGCCAGGCUCCAGACUUUAGUUUAGGCCCAGUUUGUGCCGUGUGUCUGUGACCCCGUCUGUCCUUGCAUUGGUUUUAACCAUUCUAAAUGUUUUUCUGUGCUAUGCAUGGUCUGUGUAAGCCUGACUCCUCCUUUCCUUAAUUAGCUUUUAGCAUAAUAUUUAUGAAUGUCAAUGCGUUUCUGUCAAUGUUCUGCCAUUUUAGAUGGGUUUUAACUUAUAGGCUAGUUUAAAUAUUAGUAGUUCUAAUGCGAUGCAAGAGUGUGUUGGUGGGUUGGUGAGCUGCAGGGCGUUUGCUGUGUUGGUGGGAUGUGGUAAGUUGCACUGCUUACCUGUGUGUGGGUGUGUGUGUGUCUUCAGUGUGGCCUCAGGAGGAAUACAUAGUGGAGUACUCUCUGGAGUACGGCUUCCUCCGCUUGUCCCAGACCACCCGGCAACGCCUCAACAUCCCCGUCAUGGUCGUCACGCUGGGUAAGCUGUUGUAAAGCCUACUUAACACUGAUAUAGCACACGAUGGCAGGUGUCAUGAACAGUCAUAGCUGGUGAGCAAUGUUAUUAAGCCUACUUAACACCACCUUAACCAUGACAUAGCAGGUGUCAUAAACAAUCAUACACUACAUUACCAAAAGUAUGUGGACACCUGCUCGUCGAACAUCUCAUUCCAAAAUCAUGGGCAAUAAUGUGGAGUUGGUCCCCCCCCUUUGCUGUCAUAACAGCCUCCACUCUUCUGGGAAGGCUUUCCACUAGAGGAACAUUGCUGCGGGGACUUGCUUCCUUUCAGCCACAAGAGCAUUAGUGAGGUCGGGCACUGAUGUUGGGCGAUUUGGCCUGGCUCGCAGUCAGCAUUCCAAUUCAUCCCAAAGGGGUUGAGGUCAGGGCUCUGUGCAGGCCAGUCAAGUUCUUCUUCCUCACCGAUCUCGACAAACCAUUUCUGUAUGGACCUCACUUUGUGCAUGGGUACAUUUCAUGCUGGAACAGGACCUUCCCCAAACUGUUGCCACAAAGUUGGAAGCACUAGAAUGUCAUUGUAUGUUGUAGCGUUAAGAUACCCCUUCACUGGAACUAAGGGGCCUAGCCCGAAUCAUGAAAAAUAGCCCCAGAACAUUUAUUCCUCCUCCACCAAACCUUACAGUUGGCACUAUGCAUUGGGGAAGGUAGUGUUCUCCUGGCAUCCGCCAAACCAAGAUUCGUCUGUCGGACUACCAGAUUGUGAAGCGUGAUUCAUCCCUCCAGAGCACACGUUUCCACUGCUCCAGAGUCCAAUGGCGGCGAGCUUUAUAGCACUGCAGCCAACGCUUUGCAUUGCGUAUGGUGGUCUUAGGCUUGUGUGCGUCUGCUUGGCCAUGGAAACCCAUUUCAUGAAGCUCCAGAUGAACAGUUAGUGUGCUGACGUUGUUCCAGAGGCAGUUUGGAACUCAGUAGUGAUUGUUGCAACCGAAGACAGACGAUUUUUAGGCGCUUCAGCACUCGGCGGUACCGUUCUGUGAGUUUGUGUGGCCUACCACUUCGCGACUGAGCCGUUGUUGCUCCUAGAUGUUUCCACUUCACAAUAACAGCACUUAAUUAACAGCAAAUCAAUUUAUAAUUUUUUUUACAUGUGUUUUCUGGAUUUUUUUUUUGUUAUUCUGUCUCUCACUGUUCAAAUAAACCUACCAUUAAAAUUAUAGACUGAUCAUUUCUUUGUCAGUGGGCAAACGUACAAAAUCAGCAGGGGAUCAAAUACUUUUUUCCCUCACUGUAGGUGUUGUAGAAACACCGGUAUCGCCAGCAAGAUAAGUAGUCAUCAUAACACUAACAAGUCUGCUAGAAGUAGCACAAACAAGUGUUUGAGGAUAGGACGGGCUGUGUGUGUAUCCUAAUCGUGUGUCUGUGUGUGCAGACCCCAUGAAGGACCACUGCUUUGGGGACAGCUUCAGUCGCCUCCUCCUGGAUGAGUUUCUGGGCUACGAUGACAUCCUGAUGUCUAGUGUCAAGGCUCUGGCAGAGAACGAGGAGGACAAAGGUACAUGGUGCUUAGGGAUGGUGUGUCAGGGAUUCUCCCAUGUCUUUCUUUCCUUGGUGGUGUGCAGCCCCUGUGUGUGUAUGUUUCUGAUUGGUGCUCUGUGUGUGUGUGUGUGUUUCUGAUUGGUGCUCUGUGUGUGUUUCUGAUCGGUGCUCUGGUGUGUGUGUGUGUGUGUGUGUUUCUGAUCGGUGCUCUGUGUGUGUGUUACUGAUUGGUGCUCUGUGUGUGUGUGUUACUGAUUGGUGCUCUGUGUGUGUGUGUGUGUUUCUGAUCGGUGCUCUGUGUGUGUGUGUGUGUUUCUGAUCGGUUGUGUGUGUUUCUGAUCGGUGCUCUGUGUGUGUGUUUCUGAUCGGUGCUCUGUGUGUGUGUGGUGUGUGUGUUGUGUGUGUUUCUGAUCGGUGCUCUGUGUGUGUGGGUGUGUGUGUGUGUUUGUGUUUCUGAUCGGUGCAUCUGGUGUGUGUGUGUGUGUGUGUGUUGUGUUUUGAUCGGUGCUAUGGUGUGUGUGUUUCUGAUCGGUGCUCUGUGUUGUGUUUCUGAUCGGUUUGUGUGUGUUUCUGAUCGGUGCUCUGUGUGUGUGUUUCUGAUCGGUGCUCUGUGUGUGUGUGUGUGUGUGUGUGGUGUGUUUCUGAUCGGUGCUCUGUGUGUGUGUGUGGUGUGUGGUGCUCUGUGUGUGUGUGUGUGUUUCUGAUCGGUGCUCUGUGUGUGUGUUUCUGAUCGGUGCUCUGUGUGUGUGUGUGUGUGUUUCUGAUCGGUGCUCUGUGUGUGUUUCUGAUCGGUGCUUCUGUGUGUGUGUUUCUGAUCGGUGCUGUGUGUGUGUGUGUUUCUGAUCGGUGCUCUGUGUGUGAAAACAGGCUUCCUCAGGAAUGUGGUGUCCGGGGAACACUACCGAUUUGUUAGCAUGUGGAUGGCCCGCACCUCCUACCUGGCUGCCUUUGUCAUCAUGGUAAUAUUCGUAAGUAGCAGUCUUCACACACCUUUGUCAAAGUUGCAAAAAAUCCAGUGUUAAAUGAAGCCCAUGAGAAACCUUCAUUUAGGUUCCUUGCUAUAAAGUUUCACCAAAACAAUAGAACAUAUUUGGUAUGAUAAAUUAGCUGGCGCUUAACUAACUCUCCCUGGGUUAUUCAUGGAAAGAUAAGUUAAGCUGUUGUCUUGGCGUCUUUAAUGAAGAGGGAGAGUGAAAAGAAAGAGGGAUUCAAUUUUUUCCUCUGUCUACAGACCCUGUCAGUGUCUAUGCUGCUGCGCUACUCCCACCACCAGAUCUUUGUCUUCAUUGGUGAGUCACACUCACACCCCUCUCAACGCUAGCAGUCCUGGAAGAAAUAUUCAGUGCCGUGCCGUAUGUCUCUAUAUGCCAGAUGCUCAGUCUCUGACCUUUAACCUCUCUGUUUCCCUAGUGGACCUGCUGCAGAUGUUGGAGAUGAAUAUGACCAUCGCCUUCCCAGCAGCCCCUCUGCUUACCGUCAUCCUGGCUCUUGUGGGUAAGAGUGUCAUUCCAUUGAGCUGCAAUUUCUACAGUUACAGAUGCGGUCAAAUAUAUUGGCACCUUUGCGUGAUUUUCUGUUUCUUCUAAAAUUAGUUGAAAUGUAAAAUACUUUUGGUGUUAACACGUGUCUUUGUAUGAUUUUUUAAAAAUAUUAAAAUUUCAAAUUAAUUUGGUUGGAGGCAAUGAUUCUCAUUUACUGUGUAAUUUCUCACCUGUGGUAAGUUGUAGGUGCCUAUAGGGUAAAAUAAAGUCAUUCAACAAGUUUUGAAAAGAGAGAACUGAACUUUCUGUCCAUUGCACUCCAUUGUAAAGUGCCGAGGGUGCCAACAUAUUCGACUGCAUAUGUAACUACAACAAGCUGGGUCUUGUGGUGGUUUGUAGUUUGAACAGGUGGUACGAAUCUCUCCCUCUCUCCCAGGUAUGGAGGCCAUCAUGUCGGAGUUCUUCAACGACACCACCACCGCUUUCUACAUCAUCCUCAUCGUGUGGCUGGCCGACCAGUACGACGCCAUCUGCUGCCACACAAACACCAGCAAACGUCAUUGGCUGAGGUGAGUUCAACACACCAACACCAGCAAAUGCCAUUGGCUGAUGUAAACAGUGCAUACCCUCCUCUCUCAUCAAAUGGGGGAUGGGCUGAGAGAAAGUGCCCCUGGAACAUGAACUCUCUAUUUGCUGUAUUUCUAUGAUCUCAGUUGAACUAAUUUGCUUAUUCUCCCCACUAGCAUACAACUACAAACAACUGAUCACUUUGUCUCUCCAGUUCCAGACAGUCUUUCCAUUUCUCUGUCAGUCUGUCCAGUAUGAUGCUGUUAUUUUCGGCUACUCUCUGAGGAGGCUCUGUCUCCUGCAGGUUCUUCUAUCUGUAUCACUUUGCGUUCUACGCCUACCACUACCGCUUUAACGGCCAGUACAGCAGCCUGGCUCUGGUCACCUCCUGGCUCUUCAUACAGGUGAGAAGGGUUUGAGGAAAAAACUUAACUAGAGAAAGGAAACCCACUCAAACUGUAGUGUGAUUUCAAAGUGUGUGUGUGUUUAGUAGCCUACACACUCCAUCCUCCAGCAUUUUGAAUACGAGCACGUUGUCAAAACACUAGAGGCUACUCCUUUUUUUCCGCGAGGCCUACACACCAGUUAUUCAGGACACUGAGCUGGAAAGUGCUUUAUCUUUUAGUCGUGGACAUGUUAUUGUGCUGUUAUACCUGCUUAUUAUUCAUUAGCUAAAAAAAAAGGUCAUAUUUGGUUGGUGUGUUUUCAAACUCAAUUUAAAUACAUUUCCUGAAUAAAUCUGUUCCCCUAUAGAAGUGACUGUGUGUGAUGCUAAUGGUUUAGCCCUAAUGCUAUUGGCUGGACCAAAGAGAUUAGCCAAUGUAGCGAUUAGCCUGUGAUUUGAGAUCUAGCCACUGGAGUCAGGCCAGCCACAUCUCUUGUUCUAUGUUACAGCCUCUCCAGGCCCUGUUUCUAAUGCCAUGACUUAAACACAGACUUACUUGAUCCUCCUCCAUCUCUGUUCUCCAUCCCCCCCCAUCACUAGCACUCCAUGAUCUACUUCUUCCACCACUACGAGCUUCCGGCCAUCCUGCAGCAGAUCCGUAUCCAGGAGAUGCUGCUGCAGAACCAGCAGGCCGGCCAGGGGGGUAACCAGACGGCCCUGCAGGACAACCUCAACAACAACACCACCACCGCUGCAGCUGGAGCAGUGGCCCCAGCCCAGGGAGGGGAAGCCAACAGCCAGGUCCGACCGCCAGACGAGCCCCUGGCUUCUUCAGUGGCCCAGGCCCAAGGUUCAGCGACCCCGGCUUCCCAGUCCAACGGCCUGGCCAGCAGCGCCACGUCAGAAGGGGCCGUAGGAGAGUUGACAACGACGGAGCUGGACUGGAUGGCGGAGACGACAGCCAUCAUCACGGAGGCCCUGUCCUCCUCCUCAGCCCCCCAGCUGGGGGGGUCUUUGCUGGAGAGCACGGCAGGGGGGUUGCUGGGGGAGGCCAGAGGGGUGGGGAGGGUCGGUGUUUCUGAGGCAGGCCUCAGCGUGCUGGCGGAGAUUCGAAUGGGGGGUGGAGGUGGAAGAGGAGAGGGCACAGAUGGCACCAGUCCCAGCUUGAUGGCAGUGGAAAUCAAAACCAGAGUGGCCUGUAGCGGCAGUGCAGCAGCAUCAGGCCCGCCUUCUCCUCCCUCUCCUCCAAUGGGAGGACUCCCGGAAGCAGAGACUUUAUUCUCUAGUGUCAGUCCCUCCCUUUCUCAACCUCCUCCACACACAGACUGCAGUAGGGCGGUGGCUGGGGAGCCAGAAUGCCCCAGGCAGAGCCCCUUAGACUGGGACCCCAAGACAGAGGAACCCCCCAGCCCCACUCCAUCCUGA